AUGUCACAAACCCACUCACUGGUCAACAACACUCUGCCGAUCCUCCUUCUCCUUGUGUUCCUCUUCAUCCAUACAGUUUCGACAAGCGCCGACGAAGAAGUCAUUGUCCGAGCACCCAUAGGAACCUAUCAGGGAUUUAUUUCACAAUUUACUGAAUAUCAAGCCACAGCGAGAGCAUUCACAGGCAUUCGUUAUGCACAAGCUCCGGUUGGCUCUCUACGAUGGAAACCCACACAACCUGUCAAUCCCUUUUCUGGAAUUUACAAUGCAAAUAUUGAAACACCUGGAUGUCCACAACGAUGUGAAUUACCGCCUCAUACAUGUCCCAAGACACAAAGUGAAGAUUGUUUGUUUUUGAAUUUGUAUACUCCUCGCUUGGGAGCUAUUCCAAAGGAUCAAUUAUUGCCAGUGUAUGUGUUUUUCCCUGGUGGUCAUUUUGAGCAAGGAACUCCAAACUCCAUUCUCUACGAUGGUACUUUCAUUGCUAACAAGACUUCCAUCGUCAUGGUCAUUGCUGGUUAUCGAUUAGGAGCAUUAGGUUGGCUAGCAAAUGCCAAUGCACAAAUGUCUGGAAAUUAUGGUUUCAUGGAUCAAUUAACUGUUUUGAAAUGGGUUCAAAAUAACAUUGCUGCAUUCGGUGGAGAUCCAAAACGUGUGACCAUUGGUGGCCAAUCUGCUGGAGCUACUUCAACGACGGCUCACUUAAUCAGUCCAGCAAGUAAGGGACUUUUCCAUCAAGUCAUUGUUGAGAGUAAUCCAUUGGUAUUGCCCAUGAGAUUGAUGGACGAUGUGACCAUUAAUUUGGCAACUCCUUUUGCAAAACAAGUGGGGUGUGACGUGAGUGAUUUUUCAUGUUUUCAAAACUUGUCAAUUGAUUCAAUUUUGCAAGCUCAAUAUUAUAUGGAUAGUUAUAAGAAUUUAUCCAUUCCUUUGGAGACAUUUUUACCUUGGGCACCAACGGUUGCAAGUUUUGACAAGUUGAUUCCAUAUCAAACCUUUGAGGCUGUACAAAAGGGAUAUUAUCACAAAGUUCCAAUGAUUUUUGGAAAUGUGGCUGAAGAAGCUCUCAUUUUCAUUUAUAUGGGAAUUAAGAAAAAGAUGACCACAUUAGAUUAUGUGGCAUUGUUAUAUGCUGUUUUUGGUAUUGAAGAUGGAGCUAGAGUAUUGAAUUGGUAUCGUCCUCUUCUCGAUGGAGAUAAACGUCCAGAAGUGAGUAUUAUGGGAACAGAUUAUAUUUUCCUUUGUCCAUUGAGAAAUGUUCUCUCACAGAUUACCACACAAAAUCCUCAAUUACCAGUGUAUAAUUUUAUUUUCAAUCAUGUAUUGACUUUUGAUGCUUGGGGACCAAAAUACACUUAUUGUGUGGGACAUGUUUGUCACGGAGCUGAAUUGCCAUUCGUUUUCCAUUCACUUGGAGUUCAUACUUUGCCUGAUAUGCAUUUCAGUCCUCAAGAAGAUGUUCUUUCGACAUCCAUUGUCAAUUACUUUACGAAUUUUGUGAAAUUUGGAAAUCCAAACGGGAAUUCAACUUCAAGUGUGACUUGGCCUCAAUUCAGUGCCAACAAUCGACAAACCAUGAUGUUCCAAACACCUGCCAAUCAACUAGUCAAAGACUACAAGAAAUCUUAUUGUGAUGAAUGGGAUUACAUUGGAUAUGAUCAUGGCUGGUUGAAUCAACUCAUCGAUCAACUGAAAAAGAAUUAA